UUAUUCACACGCAGACGUUCUGACUGCUCGGAUCGAACCAAAAAAAGGUUGCUCUAACAAAUUGAGGUCUACACAUAAUUUUGGACAAGGAAAAGUGUUAAAUCAUCGAAACUAUCAAAAAAAAAUGUGCUCAUAGAAGGAGUUAAAUAAAAAGUAUUGAAAUAUAAGCGUAACCCCAAUUAUUUUUAUUACGCAUAAUAUAUAAAAACAAAUUAACAAAAUCAAAAAUAAAAAAAAAAACGCUUGUCAUUGCCAUUGCAAAAGUGCACAAGUUCAAAUGGUGAAAUACUUAAUUAACAACAAUGAUUAUUUUGUGCAAAUGAUUUGCACAAUAAAUAAAUAGCUUGGACUACUCAAAAACAUUUUCAAAAUAAAAUCAACACAAUCGAACAAUAUUUGAAUAUCUUAAUUGUUGUAAAGGAUUUCUUUAGUAGCUUGCAGCGAGUUAUUGAAAAUUACAACAAAAAAAAGUAUAAAGUUUUUCAAUUCUACAAAAUGCUGCUUUAAGUAAAAUAAAAAUUGAGAUACAAAUAUAGACAAUUUCUAAUUAAUUCAAAAGUGCAACAACAAGUUAACAAAACGGCAAAAAUUAGUGCGCAAAGCUGCAAUUCUAUGAUUCUUGUAAGCCAAAGGACUACGAACAUUGAGUUUCAAUUGCUGCCAAACAGAUAACAAUUAGCCCCAAGGCAAAGAGUGUAGCAAGUUCUAGUUCUUACCCAAACCAAACCAAACCAAAAAAAAAAAAAAAAAAAAUCAAAACAAAUUUUGAGCAAGAAAGCCGAACAAAAAGCAGGCAAAAAUGGCCAAAUACUACAUGACUCUGGCGCUGCUGCUGUGCUUGGCCCUGGAGAACAACAACAUCUACGCGCGAUCGCACCCAAGCGCCUCCGAUGAGCCGGGUAGCAUGCCACUGGUCCGGGCACAUCCACAUCCCCGCCACCAGCCGCAUCAGCAACAGCAGCAUCAGCAUGUGCAGCAGCUGCAGCAGCAUCAUACACGCCAGCAGCGCAAUCGGCAGCCCAAGCGUAUUGCACCGGACCCGAGCAGCGAGGAGGAGGAACUGCAGCUGCACUACGACCAGCGACUGCGGCGUCAUCUGCGUCGGCAGCGCGACCAUUUGCUGCAGCAGGAGCGCAGCUAUCAUCGGGUUACGCCCGAACAGCUCAAGACCAGUCCCAAUCUGUGGCAGCUGCUCAGCCAGGGCUAUCAGUUUGAUGAGCUGCGCCAGAGCCAGGAGGCGGAGGAGGAGCUGCAAGAACCGGAUGAGGACUUUCCGCAAAUGUUUAACGACGCGCCAGCCGACGAGCUCAUGUCACUUGAGGAUCAGCAGGACUAUGUCAAGAACGAGCUGCAACUCAGCCUGGCAGAACCAGCGCCACCAGCUGUGAUAGAUGACUCUGCGCCAGAGCACAAUGUGAGCAGCCACACAAAUGCCACAGCCUCCAGUGGCUGUCCCAAGUGCGAGAGCAGUCGCCAGGUGGAGCACAUCACCGAGGAGGAAUUGCGCCGGCUGCGCAUUGAGUUUGUCAAGCAGCAAAUUCUCGAGAAGCUGCGCCUCAAGGAGAGCCCCAAGGUCUCGGCCGUGGAGCUGCCCAGGCCCAUUUUCGAGGGCGUAACGCUCCAGCAUGCGGAGGAGUCCGGCAAGAACAAGGACUACGAUGACUACUAUGCGCGCACCAAUCAGAAAUUUAUACUCCUGCAACGAGAAGAAACCGAGUGCCGUCGCCUGGGCGCACAUCCGUCCAUGUGCUUCAGCUUCAAGAUCGAUGAUGCGGAUGCGGAUGGAUUUGAUGUGAGCAGCGCUGUGCUGUGGCUUUAUAAGAACAAGCACAACUACACCAAGUCGAGCAAUGAUAGCCAGCUGAAUGGGGUGCAGAAGAAGCAGACGCUGGUGGUAUCCGAGGUGGAGCAGCAGCUGGACGCCAAAUACCUGCCGCUGGCCAAGACCAUAGCCAUACAGUCGGUGGAUGUGCAAGAUGAAUGGAUGAAAAUCAAUAUUGAGUGGCCAAUCAAGCGCUGGUUCGGCAAUCACGAGCUCAGCCAUCUCAUACAGAUCACGUGCGAAUCGUGCGACAUCGAGAGCAUGGAGGAGAUCAUAUCUGUCGACAAGAACUAUAGACCCUUCAUAAUGAUCGACACACAGAAUCGUCGCAGCAAAUCGCGACAGAAGCGAAACAUCAACUGUUCCAGCGGCGUCACCGAAUGCUGCCGCGAGAAGCUCUAUAUAUCAUUCGCGGACAUCGGCUGGGACAAUUGGAUAAUGCAGCCGAAGGGCUACGAUGCGUACUUUUGUCGCGGCUCCUGCAGCUCCGUGGCGAGUGUUGCCCAGGCGGCUUCGCAUCACAGCUCAUUGCUGAAAAUCCUUUCCACAAAUGGUACACGCAAGCCGUUGGAUCUGAUACCCUGCUGUACCGCCAAACAGUAUUCCUCGCUGCAGUUGGUCGUUUUGGACUCCAACAACUCGGCGACAAUCAAGACGCUGCCCAACAUGGUCGUCGAGUCCUGCGGCUGCAGAUAGUUCCCAGCUACAAGGCUAUAUAGCUUCUAAGUACCACACAGCAUCGAGAAACCUCUCAAAUGAACGGACAAAUUAGAACUAGUUCACAUUCGUACAGCACCCACUUCAUAGCUUUCUGUAAUUAAUUUCAAUUUAUUUAAAUUCAUUUUCAAUGCAUCCGUAAUUUAAUCGUAAGCUAAAUAACUUAAAUACGCUGCCAUUAGUUUUAGUCGCAGUUAGUUAGUUAAUUGAGUUGAAGCUAAAGCGAAUGUACUUAAGUGCUCGAACUAUGCUUAACUUAACUAUAUUAAGCUAGCCAAUAAUUCAAUUUAUCAUCAAGUCUUCGCCUAAAAUUAUUAUUAAUUAGCUGUAGCUUCUUUCAUCUUAUGUUUUCAUCCCCUAUAAGUUAGCCUCAUAAAUUAUUGAGACAGAAAAAAACAGUUGCAAGCAACAAUAAAAAUUCAAAUUAAAAACAUUAGGAAAGCAAAUAAAACUGACGUUUCUUUAUGUUGCCGAAGACGAAGAAGAAUUAAAUAUACAA